CAGAGUUGAAAGCGGCCUUACUCCACAGUUGGUAGAGUGUGUUCUCUUACGACAAAUAGCCAAAAUGGGUCGCGUCAGGACAAAGACGAUCAAAAAGGCUGGCCGAGUCAUCAUUGAAAAAUACUACCCACGUCUCACUCUUGAUUUCCACACGAACAAGAGGAUAUGUGAGGAGAUCGCUAUCAUCCCUAGCAAGCGGCUAAGGAACAAGAUUGCUGGGUUCGUGACCCAUCUCAUGCAGCGUAUCCAGUGUGGUGUCUCCGUGCGUGGCAUCUCCAUCAAGCUCCAGGAGGAAGAACGAGAGAGGAGAGACAACUACGUACCAGAAGUCUCUGCUAUUGAGAACGACAUCAUUGAGGUCGACCCAGACACCAAGGAGAUGUUAAAGAUGUUGGACUUCGCCAACAUCCCUGGCCUCCAAGUUACCCAGCCCAUCACACAGACCGCUGGUGGAUUCCGUACUCCAAGACCUUGAAGGCCAUGAUUUAUUUGUAAUAUAUGUAAUGAAAAAAAUACUGUAAAACUAA